AUGGCUUCGGUUCCAAAGGCCAUGGGAGGUAUUCUCAUCGAGAAAACCGGUGACUCUUCCGUAUUGCAAUGGAAGACCGAUAUUCCAGUUCCUGAAUUAGCAGAUGGCCAGAUUCUGGUCAAGAACGAAUGGGUCGGUGUCAACUAUAUCGAUACCUAUUUCCGUGCUGGUCUAUACAAGGCACCAUUGCCGAUGAUCACGGGUGCUGAAGCUGGUGGUAUUGUCGCCGCAGUCCACGAAUCCGUGUCCAGCUUCAAGCCCGGCGACCGGGUGGGGUACCUGGACCCGGCACGCGGUGCGUACGCCCAGUACAAAGCCGUGGCCGCCAGCAAGGCCAUCACGCUUCCCGAAGGUGUGACUACGCACACAGCUGCGGCUUCCCUGCUUCAGGGUUUGACUGCUUUGACAUUGAUCCGAGAAGCACACCAUGUCAAGCCCACCGACUGGAUUCUGGUCACGGCGGCUGCCGGCGGAGUGGGAUCUAUCCUCUGCGAGAUGAUCUCCUCGGUCGGUGCAAAGAUCAUCGGCACGGCGGGCACGCCCGAGAAGAUGGAACAAGCAAGGAAGAACGGUGCCAACUAUGUCAUCAGCUCACGAGACCCGCCCGAGAAGAUCGUGUCUGAGAUCAUGAAGAUCACGGGGGGCCACGGGUGUGACGGGAUCUUCGACGGUGUCGGAAAGGCUACCUUUGAUAUCGACAUUGAGGUGGCCGCUAGGAAAGCGACUGUGUGCACAUAUGGCAACGCCAGCGGUCUUGUGCCGCCUGUCGAUGUUAUGAGGCUCGCUGGCGGCAAGAAUCUGAAGCUUUGCCGCCCGACCCUGUUUGCAUAUCUUGCCGAGCCAGAGGAAUUCGAGCAGUAUUCUACAGAGCUCAUAGAUAUGCUGAAGAAAGGCAUCGUGAAGCUGGCCAACACGACGGAUUACAAAUUGGAGGAUGCGAAGUCGGCGCACGAUGAUCUCGAGGGCAGGAAGUCGACCGGCAAGCUGCUGCUGCAGGUUCCCCAGUAA